UCCGCGGAUCAGCUGACACAAGUCACGUGCCCACACAAGGGUUUAAGCUCCUCCCGGAGGUUUAAGCGCCUCCGCCUCCAUUUCCCCAAUUGCCCCCUGAAAAUGCCCUGAGCAAACCCUAAUUUUCCCCACCAUGAUGACCCUAAUUCCACGAACCCUAAUCCUCCACGUCUUCCCGCUACGAUCCUCCAUCAUCCUUUUCCACUCCGCCGCUGGCGCCGUCGCCGGCGAGGAAUCUCACCGGCGGAGGCUCGAUUCGCACUCUUACGCAUCAUCGUCGUCUUCUUAUCGAAGAAACUACGAUGAGGAGAAUAGAAGCGUAAAGGUCACAGUUUGGUGGGAUUUCGAGAACUGCCAGGUUCCUGCAGGCGUGAACGUGGAGAGGGUUGCGAAUAGGAUCACGGCUGCGCUCCGGUCGACGGGGAUCAAGGGGCCGGUGACGAUCACGGCGUUUGGUGACGUGGCGCAGAUGUCACGCGCUAAGCAGGAGGCUCUCACUUCCACUGGGAUUUGCCUCAAUCACGUGCCUCACCGUGGGAAGAACAGUGCUGAUAGGUCAUUUAUGGCUGAUCUUGUCUAUUGGGUUACUCAGAACCCUCCUCCUGCCCACUUCUUCUUGAUAUCAGGCGACAAGGAUUUUGCCAACAUUCUUCAUCGUUUGAGGAUGAGCAACUACAACAUACUUCUUGCUAGCAAUGACAUUGCCAGAGGUGUCCUCUGUAGUGCUGCAACAAUUAUGUGGCCGUGGAUUGAAUUGGUUAAGGGAGAAAAUGCCCAUGCUAAGCACUUUAACGACCCUCCAGAUGGGUUCUAUGGUUCUUGGUAUGGCCAGUAUAAAGGGGCUCUUGAGGAUCCCUUUGUAGAUAGUGAACAAUGUGUUAUAUCUCAAGUUGACGAAUCAAUGGAAUCAAUAUCAGAAACUAAGAUUCGUCCCAUCCCUAGGGUGGUGGUGAAUGGGAUUCGUAAUGUGUUGCAUUCUUACCCUGAAGGAAUGUCCAUUUCAGAGCUCCGUAAAGAGCUCAGAAGAAAGAAUAUAGCUUUCGAUAAGGAUUUAUAUGGCCACAAGAAGUUCUCCAACCUUCUCGCUUCAAUGCCAAACAUUGUAAAGUUUAUACCUGAUCCGUCAGGUGCUGUUCAACCAUUAGUUGCUGAUAAACGAUUAUUGGAAUCAGCUGAUGUGAAUUCAGCGCCCUCCAGUGAUCCAUCGGAGCUCAGAUUGAAAUCCGUCAAAGAUACUCAAACCAGUAAGGUGAAUAAUAGCCGUACUUUAGCUCGGGGUGAAAAACCAUUAACAACGGCUCCUCCAAAUACUAUGGAUGUGAGUGCUCCUAUGGCUACAGGCCCUACACCAGUAUCUGUAGGUACCAGCGCUGUUUUGCCUACUUCAUCUGUACCUAUACAGGAUGUUGCAGCCAAAAAAGUUGAAACAGAUGAAUCUACAAUAACGGAUCAAGGUUACAAUGCUGAAGUUAAGGAAGGAUUUUUCAAAAGGAUCUGGAAAACUUUGACUGGUAGCAGAAGUGUUGAUUCCUCGCCCAGUCAUGAGAAUCAUAUAAUAUCUGAACAGGCUUCCACUUCAAAUGAGAAGACAAUUAAAGAUGACGAGCCUAAGAAAGCAGAAUUUGGAGGGAAAGCUGAAUUAGUGAAGGAAAAGUCUUCACAUGCACUGAGUUCUUCAAAUACUUCUGAUGCAAAAGACUCUGUUCCUGUAGAGAGAACAUCUGAGCAAUCUGAGAAGCACAGUGACACAUCUAAUCCCAGAACGGGGCUUUUUGGCCAAUUAGCAAACUGGUGGCAGUCCAGGAAAUCUGAUGCAAGAUAUCAGAAGGAUAGCUUUGAAUCCUUUGGAAAAAACUUGGAAGCUAAUGGAAAUGUAGAUGUCAAAGAUGAUAUUCCUGUUAGUUUGCAUCCUGAAACUCAUGCAAUAUUUUCAAGAUCUGACUUUUGGGAUACCUUAGAAUCAUUCUUGCUUACUUCUGAGGGUGCUGAUCUUAUAUCAAAAUCAAGUACAAGGGAUCAAUUGGUGCAUAAGCUACAAAAAGAAGGACCUUGCUUUCUUAAAGAUCUUCAAGAAUGCCACAUGUAUAAGUUGGUAGAACUGUUAAUAUCUGAGAAGAAAUGGGUAGAAGCAUCUUCUGAUAGUUUCCCUUUUAAACUUGUGCUACCUCUCAGAGGUAGGUGCCCGGAUGUCCAUGGGUCCAAAUCCAAUGGUCUAAGUACCCUGUUUUCAGGCAGAAGACCGAAACAAGAUGAUUCAUAUACUGGACAGGAAGAAACUUAUCCUCAGAAUUUUGCAGAACUGAAAGCUUGGUUUCAAAAAUCCUUUAACGGGACUGAGGAUAUUAAACCAGAAGAUUUCCAUAAGCUUUUCGAGAGCAAGUUCAAUAAAAAACUUGUUUGUUAUGCUUAUGGUUAUCCUACAAUCCGAAGCCUACUCUUUGCUUGCUCAGCUGAUAACGGUUCUACUAGUCAAGGAAAGAAGAAGAAACUUCCCAGCAAGGAAGAAGUUUUAUCCGAUUGCCACAAACUCAUAACUGAGCUUCUAAAACAAAACCCUGAUGGGUUUAACAUGGGCAAUUUCCGGCCAUUAUUCUUUCAAAAGUACGGUUACAUUCUAGAUUGUCAAAUGGUUGGCUACCCGAAGCUGAUAUCGUUAUUACAGGACAUUCCUGGGGUGAGAACAGAGGAUUCUUUUGUUCUGCCUGCCAGUAUAGCCACCAAGAAAACACUUACUUAUGGCCUAGAUAGUGAAAGCACAAGCAAUGGUGAAGAUUGGGAGGAGUUGGGGCCUGUAUCUGAUGAUAAGAAACAAAGUGGCUACACUAAAGUCUCUCUUUCAGAUGAAGAAUUCACAGAUUCUGAUGACGAGGUUCCUUCCCAAUUCGAUGGCCUCACAAAGCAGCCUAAGAGGGAAGAGGAAGAUAGCUCUCUAAUGCAGAUUCUCGAUUCUUGGUAUGAUACAAAGGAAGGUGUUGUUAAAAAGGACGAAGAUCGGCCUGCUGAUGGGCUGGUGGAUUGUUCCAAAAGCAAUCCUCAGAAGACUUCAGAUCUUUCUCUUGAAGGUUGUCCUAAUGUGAGGUUGAGGCCCCCAAAGCGCUAUUCUUUUGUUGUCGACUCUGGAGAUGAUGAGAAAGAUAGGCUAGUAGAUAACGUACUGGGUAGUCUCAAGAAAGCAGGAGAUUCUAGGUUGCAAAGUUAAAUUUAUCAGUAGUUAGUUGAGAUAGUAGGAAAAAUCAUGACGGCAUUAUAGAAGCUUCUGCAAGCGCUUUUUUGAACUUUCUUUUUUGUCGGAAUAAUGUGGAAGCAAGGGUCUUAUAUCUUGCUUUAUCAAGGGGAAUGAGUGAUUAUAUUUCUCUGAUUGCCUUUUUAAGAUUUCCAUCAGAAAGACACGGUUUUAAGAGCUUCUAGCAAGUCUUCGAACUGUUUGGGAAACAACAAUCAUUCAAUUGACAGAAUUCAUGAAGGCGCUGUUCUGAUUUGAAAUACAGGGUAGCCCAAAUCCAAAUCUUCAGUUUGGGUUUUCUUUUUAAAGUGGUAUUUGAAAUCCAGGUAUUUUAUAUGGAUGAUUUUAAAGCUCAAAACUAAGGAUUUCAAAUCAUAGCCUAACCCUUGGAAUUUGUCAAAUCCCCGAUCCCGAUCGCUCCUCUCUCUCGGUUCGUCUCCGCUCUCUCCCUCAGAGUCGCGAUCAUCGCAGCUUUCACCGACAUCUGCUGGUCUCAUGGAAUUGGGGGAUUAGGGUUUUAUCGUCAAGAUUCUAUACUCGCAUUUACUUUUGGCGUGGAAGAAGAUUACAAACGAUUUCGUUUGUUGUAUGGAAGUGUGAGACUGUGAUUCAAGGGUCAUCCUCCUUCUUCAGAAAUUUCUUGUAUUAUUUUUCCUUUUUUGAACACUCCUUCAAUUUCUAUAGAAUUUCAAGCUUGGUAUAUCAAAGACCAAAUUGACUAUGUAAUUGUCAGUUGUACCUGCUCUUUUUAUAUAGGAUGAUGUUUGAGCA